CGUUGCUUUUGAGGCUUUGAGGUUUUCCGUCAUUUCAGUAUUGCUCCAAACUUUGAUCAGUCAACUUGUUUAUAUAAAAAUUUAUUUAUUUAAAUGUCAAAUAUAACCAAAAAUAAAAAAAUAAUAACAUAAAUUUGUUGAAUAAUAAAAAAAAAAAGUUAAGUGUCAGUAAAUAUUGUACAACAAAUCAAAGGAAAUAAUAAUAUUCAUUUUGGAGUAAUUUUAUAAUACAACGUGUGCCGGUUUUUAUAAACAAUUAAUAAAAAUAAUUAUAAACAACAACAAAAUAAUAAUAUAACAAUGGCUGAGAGUAAAGGAGCGUUAAUUGCUAAAACAGUGCAAAAACAUGCUGGCAGAGCCAAAGAAAAGUUACGUCAAAAUUUUGGAAAAGUUGAUAGAACAGCAGAUGAUAUAUUUGAUGAACAUUUGCAAAAUUUUACAAGACAACAAAAUGCAGCAGAAAAAUUUAAAAAAGAAUUCAACAAUUACAUCAGAUGUGUUCGUGCCGUUCAAACAGCAUCAAAAACACUGAUGGAAUCAUUGAAUGAAAUAUAUGAGAGUCAAUGGAAUGGUCAUGAUUUAUUAUAUGAUCAAACAAGAAAUUUGGAAACAUUGUGGUCAGAAUUUACUCUCAAACUUGCUGAUCAAGUGCUUAUCCCACUCAAUACAUAUCAGAGUCAAUUUCCUGAAAUGAAAAAAAAAAUUGAUAAACGUGGUAGAAAAUUGGUAGAUUAUGAUGGACAAAGACAUAAUUUUCAAUCAUUACAAUGUAAUCCAAAAAAACGUGAUGAAUUAAAGGUAACAAGAGGAAAAGAUUUAUUGGAUGAAGCUAAAAGAACUUAUGAACAACUUAACUCUGAAUUACAUGAUGAAUUACCAGCUUUAUAUGACUCACGUGUUUUGUUUCUCGUAACAAAUUUACAAACUUUAUUUACUGCUGAACAAGUGUUUCAUACUGAAAGUUCCAAGGUAUUUGCAGAGUUGGAAGCAAUUGUUGAUAAACUUGCAAAUGACAGUCAAAGAGGUUCAUAUACAAUGAAAAGAAUAACUGAUUCACCAUCACCAAAAUCACCCAAUGCAAAUUCAGCUUUGAUAAUCAACACGCAACCACCAUCACAAAAUAAUAUUUUAUCUGUCAAUGAAGAUACAACAAUUGUUGUUAAUAAUACUGGUGAUUCACGUUCAGCAUCACCAUCACCACCUCUGCCACCACCAACAACAACAGCGAGAAAUCAAUUUAAUGGCAAUACAAAUGGUAAUUCAAAUAUCAAUGAUAAUAACUCAUUAAAUAACCAUGAUGCAUCACCAGAUAAUUCUGUAUCAAUUACUAAAAGAGUCGAAGAGUUGUAUGACAUACCAGUUGAGGUCGAAUAUGAAAAUGGUACGAAUUUGUUCCUAGGAGCAACAACAGAUAAUUUGCCACCGGGUGUACUCUACAGGGUCAAAGCAACAUACAAAUACAAUCGUGAGGAUGUCGAUGAAUUGUCAUUUGAUGUUGGUGAAAUAAUACGUGUUGUUGAAUAUGAUGAUCCAGAAGAACAGCAGGAGGAAGGCUGGCUCAUGGGUAUCAAAGAAGGAACAACUGAAAAAGGAAUGUUUCCAGCAAAUUUUACAAAACCACUGUGAAAUUAAAUUCAUACAAAAAAAAAUUUAUUUAAAGAUAAAAACAUUUAUUUACCACCACGUAAUUACACUCCAAUACUCAUGAUAAUCAAACAUCAAUAUAUUUUAACUUGUUAAUUUUUUUCAUAUAAAUUUUUUUUCUAAUUAAAUUGUGAGUUGAUAAAGUGGAUUAAUGAAAUUAUAUAAAUCGUGGAUCAAGUAUUGAAAAUAUAUAUAUUAAUUAUUGUACUGGUAGAAGCUGAAAGUGCCUUUGGUAAAUCCAUUCACUGUCUCUGCCAAUUGUUUUAUUUUCAUCAAUUUAAAAAAAAUAUAAGUAUAUAUAUCACUAAUAAUCAAAUUGAAAUAUACAAUUAAUGAUAAUUAACAUAGAUUAUAAAUGCGAUAUAAUUAUUAUUAAUUGAAAAUUAACGCUGAAGAAAAUAAUGUCUCGAAAAUGACAAGAAAAAAAUUAAAAUAUAUAUUUUUUCAUAAUGAUAAUAAUUUUUGCUCGAUUUAAUAAUACUGUGUCAUUUAAUAUUUGAUUAUUGUUAAUGAGUAUUAAUUUUAACUACAACACCAAUGGCAUUUACUGUGAAAAAAAUUAUACAAUAAUUUUGCAGUUUUAAAAAAUCGUAAAUAAUCAGCCAGCCAAAAUAUUAUAAUACAUAUUAUACAUAUAAAUAAAUAUAUUUAAUUAAUAUUAAUUUAUAAAAUUGUACAUAAAUAUUUAAAUUUCAUAAAAAAAAAUAUAUUAUGUUUUAAUGGCCACUAGAUAAAAUAUUCAAAUUAAUAAUUAUGUGAUUAAUUAUAAAAAAAAAAAAAAAAACAAUUCAUACACUCAAAAAAAAAAUAUGAGUAAGCCAAAUUUUCGAUGGUCCAAUUUUUUAAAAUUGUCAAUGAAAUAAUUAAAAAUAUAUAUAAAAAUUUAUUAAUAGGUAUAUAUAUUUAAAAAUAAAUCAAAUAUCUUAAAAUUUUUUUUUUUUUUUUUUUUUUUGUUAAAAAUCAAAUGGUGGUUUAUAAAAUGAUCUUUUGAUUAAAAAAAAAAAAAAGAAAUUUAUAAAUAAUUGUUUUUAAAAAAUCAGCAUAGUUUUAAGUAUUUUAUUAUUAUUAUUAUUAUUAUAUUUGAUGUUUAUCAAUAAUUAUGAGAGACAAACAGUAGAAGAGGUUUCAGAUUGAUAUUUUGUUUUUUUUUUUUCUUCUAUUAAAUAAACAUGAUAAUAUCAUUGUUAAAAGGAUUGUUCCAUCGAUAUACUGCUUGAAAAAAAAAAUUUAUAAAUAAUAAUAAACAAAACAUAAAUCUACGAUUUUUGUAUCGAAAAAAGUCUCAAUUUUUUAUUGUAAUAAUAUUAUGUAAACAAUGAGGAAAUAUAUUUACUGCAACAAUCAAAAAAAAAAAAAAAAAUUGAAUAAUA